AGUGUAACGUGUACCACUCAAUCGCUUGGUCUUACUAACGUUGAGUGCAUGAGCAAACAUGGCUAAGGGAAUCUCUUCAUGAAGUACACAUGAACACUUUCAAGUUGCUUUUAAGUCAAGUUGUUUUUUGAACGUCAAGGGAGCACCAGUUUAUCAAAAUACUAGAUAUGAACGCAAUUUUUUAGAGGGGGAAGUUCGUAGAAGAGCCACUUCGUGUGAUUGUUUCAUAGAAGAGGCGCGCGUCUGCAACAAGAACAUAGUUCGAUGGGAUUCAACGAUGUUGUUCACUGAAGAUAUGAGAAGGUCAUGGUCGCUGGGGAAUGUGAGGAGAUACAUAAAGUCUUGAGGGAAGAGUACUGUCUGUUAUCUCACCAAAAACAUCACCUCAGAAACAUGAGAGAUUGUUUCAUGUGGAACUUAGCUAAAGUGAUUCUGCUCUGGACAUUAGCUGAUGCUCAGGCGGGUGAAGAUGGAGAGAUUACAGCUGAAGAACAAGUACAGAUGCUACUUGAUGCAAAGUUUCAGUGUCUACAGAAGGUCUCCAUGGAUGGCCCUGCAGUUGGUGUGUGCACACCUGAGUGGGAUGGUCUGAUAUGUUGGCCGCAAAGCUUCCCUGGAACUCUGACCAAGACACCCUGCCCCAUAUACAUCUAUGACUUCAACCAUGCAGGCCACGCCUACAGGAAAUGUGACUCCAAUGGUUCCUGGGUGCUGGCAGAGAGCUCAAACAAAACCUGGGUCAACUACACAGAAUGCAUCAAAUCCCCAGAGCCCAAUAAAAAAAGACAGGUCUUUUUUGAACGAUUGCAUGUCAUGUACACAGUAGGCUAUGCAGUUUCCUUCAGCUCUCUUCUAGUGGCCAUCUUCAUUAUUGGAUAUUUUAGGCGUCUCCACUGCACCAGGAACUACAUUCACAUGCACCUAUUUGUGUCCUUCAUGCUGCGUGCCGUCAGCAUCUUUGUGAAGGAUCAUGUGGUGCACUCCAAUGCUGGGCUGCAGGAGUUUGAUGCUGUGCUCAUGAAUAACUUCACUAAUGCAGUGGAUGUAGCACCAGUGGACACCUCACAGUAUAUGGGUUGUAAAAUGACUGUCUUGCUAUUUAUCUAUUUCCUGGCUACAAACUACUACUGGAUUCUGGUGGAAGGCUUGUAUCUGCAUAGCCUCAUCUUUAUGGCCUUUUUGUCUGACUCUAAGUACUUGUGGGGCUUCACUUUGAUCGGAUGGGGUGUUCCUGCUCUCUUUGUUGCAGCUUGGGCAGUUGUCAGGGCAAUGCUGGCAGAUGCAAGAUGCUGGGAGCUAAGUGCAGGAAACAUCAAAUGGAUCUACCAGGUCCCUAUUCUGACAGCCAUUGGACUGAACUUCAUCUUGUUUGUGAAUAUCGUAAGGGUGCUUGCGACCAAGAUCCGCGAGACCAACGCUGGCAGAUAUGACACGAGGAAACAGUACAGGAAGCUCGCCAAAUCCACGCUUGUGUUGGUGCUUGUGUUUGGGGUGCACUACGUUGUGUUUGUUGGAAUGCCGCACACCUUUAAGGGGCCGGGCUGGGAGGUGCGCAUGUAUUGUGAACUGUUCUUCAACUCUUUCCAGGGCUUCUUUGUGUCUAUCAUCUACUGCUACUGUAAUGGAGAGGUCCAGACUGAGAUAAAGAAGACAUGGACGCGGUGGAACCUAGCCUUUGAUUGGAAAGGCACGGUGGUGUGCGGGAGCUAUCGCUACGGCUCUGUUUUGACUGGCCUCAACAACAGCACCAGCAGUCAGUUCCAGCUGGCUAUAGGAGGCCCAGACACACGUUCCACCAUGCUCUUCUCCAGCCAAGUGUACCGUAGUAGCGGGGGCCCCACCAUCAGCACCCAUGCCACCCUGCCAGGCUAUGUGCUCAAUUCAGAUGCUGACAGCUUGCCACCUUCUAUACCUGAAGAGCCAGAGGACAGUGCAAAGCAGGUAGAUGACAUCCUGCUGAAGGAAUCACUGCCCACGAGGCCCAGCAGCGGCCUGGAGGAUGAUGAAGAGACUCUGUAGAUAAUGGUACAGUAAUAGUCAGCUAAACUGGGUAUAAUAGGUUUAAGAACACAAAAUGACAGCUGCAAUGCACACUUCUGUGAAUGGCAUCAGCACUGUCCAAGCUGUGACAUAUAGGUUCGUUUUUGACACAAUGGCAUUAGCAGACAGACUGAUAUGUUCAUGGCAAGAUAACUCCUCCCCUCACUGUAUUGGGAGUGCUAAUGGUAGGUUAAACUUUAAAAUGAUUGCUUCACAUAAAUCUGAAACUGUCAACUGGAGAAGGUGAAUGCUGGAGUUUAAUUGGUUUUGAUUUGCAAUAUUUUUGAAUACUGGUUUCAUUUACUAAGAAUCAUGAGAGUCAAGUGAUAUUUUUAUGUGGUGAAAGGCAUGACUUUUGAAUUUCCACGCAUUUGUGAACACUCAGGAUAACUGGUUGUUUUAAAGACUAUUGAAUUUUGGAGGGGAGGAUCUCCAUUGUACUUCAAAAAUGUAAUUAAAUUUAUUUCAGAUGCAUCUGUCAUGUGGAAAAAUCUGACCAUGUCUGUUUGGUUCUUGAAUUCAAGAAUUACAUUCCAGUUUAUGAUAUCAGCACACACAUAUUAAAGAUCCAAAAGUUUUACACUGAAUCUUCACUGGAAGCGACCUAUGUCACGUUGCAUUGUGACAGCACUAUACAGGCAGAUUUGACUGCUACUGCUCGUGUUAUUAAUCUCAGUUUGUUCAGUGGUGGAUACCAAGUUAUCCACACUACAUCACUAUCAGUAAAAGUAUGUGUAAUUCUUCUGAAAACUGUUAUGAUAAAAAGUCAGUUUCCUGGAAAGUGUGAAUCACCUCCUUAAAUGAUAAACCUAUUAGCAAUGUUUUAGUUGCAUGAUAAAUUUAACAAACAGAUUUAAUUAACCAUCUCUUACAUAACUAAACCAAUUACAUUAGUUGCACGGAUAAGUUGACCCACCCUGUGUAUCUAGGCAACUGUACAUAUUUUUUUGUUAAGUGACCUUUCAAGCAGGAAGUAUCUGUUACACCUACAGCAUCUGCUAUCUCGCCAGAGGUCUCCAUCUCUGGAAUUCUAGCUUUCCACUCACAAACUACAUUUCCCAUAAUCCCCCACUCAGACUGAUUACUCACUCACCUGUUUCAUAUUAUCCCAGACUAUUUAAGUUCUCUGUUUACCUGCAUUCAGUGCAAAGUCUUGUUCUGUCUAGUCUGCAAUUCUGAGUGUUAUUACCAUUCCUGUUCUUCCUGUGUUUUUGACUCCUGCCUGCUUGUGAGUUUUCGGAUCUUUUGCCUGUUUAUUGGAUUACCCUUCUGUCUCUUGGAUUUACUUGGUUUGCAUUUCUUGAACUGUCUCCUGUGUACUGGAUCCUUGCCUGUUUUGUUGUUUAUCCUUUUAUUUGCUACUUUGUUGUACUGUUCAUACGUUUAUUAAA